AUGGUUGGUUUCGCUAAGAUUCCUCAAAUGAGAGGCGAUACUGACGACGAUGCAUCCAUACAUCUUCACAGCCACGUUGGGCCCGCCAAACCCAUCUCUCACCAUAAUUACGACCGACAGAUCCAAGAUAUUCUCAAUGGAACUAAUGCUGACGAUGCAGAUGGUUUAGAUGUGUAUAAUUACAAUCUUGGCUUCAAAUUGUUCACGGAUAGUGGCAGCUACGAAGAGGAAUCAGAGGAUGAAUUGACCCAGGUUGAAGAUCAAGAAUACGAUCGCGCGCCCGCGAAGUCUACGCCCAAGCAACGACAUCGACUUAAAAGUUCCAGCAAAGUUAUUGGUUCGGGUGGUCUGGCACGAAAUCCUGCCAAUGCACUGCCGAAGAAUCUCUUUCAGGACGCCAAUCCUAGAGCUCAAACUAGCCAAACGUCUCUGAGUAUGUUUUUCCUUAAAAUGCUUGGAUUUUUUCUCGGGAUGGCAGUUUUGUUUUUGAUUCCAAUUCAGUAUUUGACGUGGAGAGAGCUUGAACCGCAGGUCGAUCUUACCGGCGUUAAUGCCAAAUUGGAAGAAGUGUCACAGCGCGUGGGUGUUUUAAAUGAGAUUUCAAGCGCAUUGGACCAACAAGUUGAUGUUCUCCAAACAAAACAGGAGUCUUUCACCAAGUCGGUCUAUCUGAAAAUUGCCUCGAUGGAAGCUUCUCUUCAGGCUUUGCAAAAAGAGCCAAUGGAUUCUGCUAGGUUACUGAAAAUUGAGGCCGAGCUUCAAGAUUGUAAAACGAAAAUAGAUAGCACUCACCGAGUUGUCGCUGAGAAGCCAGAAGAGAUUGAAAAGCGAAUCAGUCAGAUAUCACUGAAUUUAGCACAACUUCAGCGACUCAACAACGAUAUGCUGGCCAUAAAGUCGGAUAUAGUCGAUAGCCUCUUGGAAAAACUUCCGGGGCUUGUGCCAGUUUUUGUUAAAGACAACAAAAUCCAUUACCUCCCUGAAUUCCACGACUUCCUUGUCUCCUUCGUUAAUAAUGUGGGUAACAAGUCUAAUGAGACUUCAUCGUGGAAGCAAUUUAUUGAGCUGAACGGUUCACAAUUCAAAGCAUAUAUCAAUGACUUGGUUGAUACUUCUGGUGUCAAGUUUCUAACCAAGUCCCAGUUCGAGGAAUCAUUGCAUGAACGAUUGAAUUUAAACAACAGAGCUCUUGUGGCUAAAGUUAACAGUAUACUUGACAAGAUUGAUCUACUGAGGAAUAGCACAAACAUUGACUUGAGCGUUGCAGGCAACAGGAUUGUUUUAGACAAUCUACUCGAGGUGGUGGGGAAGGGAUCCGUGAAGGUUAAUUUCGCAGAUUACAAGCUCGGUUCGCGAAUCUUAGGAUUUUUGACAACGAUAGGUUCUGACAUUCAUAAGAAUCGAUCUUUAGUAGGGUCUUUCUUUCUUGGCUGGUAUGACCUACUCACAUCCAGUGGUCUCAGAUCUGCGCUGAAUAUGAAGUAUAACGCAAACAACGUUCUUGUUGAUGGAGGAGAAUUCUGGCAGUGUGAAUCUCAUAAGUGCACGGUUGGAAUCCGACUUUCAAGUCCGAUCAUUAUUACCGAUUUGAUACUCAACAACCCUAGCUCAGCAAAACCCCCAGGCCUUCACAUGCCAGAUCUGAUCUCUAUUUAUGUGAAGCCCCGUAAACGCUCGGAUGCAAAAAAGUUGGAGCAGUAUUUGGAGUACAGACUGCCGUUCGCCUAUCGACUGUCGGAAAACAAGUACUUGUCAAAGUUCUACAAAAUUCAUGAAGCGACACUUAGAAGCUCCAGGGCCAUCGAGCAUAUCAAACUCCCCGUCAGUAUAGUCAACAUGAGAAUCCCAGUGAGGGAUAUUUAUAUUGAGAUAUCGAGUCGCCAGGGUCCCACUGGUCUCUACAACUUGAAAGCGUAUGGACUUACCGAAUUAAACACGUUCAAAUACGCGGAAAACUUCGAGUCUAUACUAGAUCAGUUGGAGGAAAGCAGAAAAGAUACUGACAGUCCCGAAUUUUUCGAGGUUCAGGACUCACUCUUGGGUGAUGACUACAUAUUAUAG